AUGGGCAUGGAAAUUUUCGGUCGUGGAAGGAGUACUAUUUCGAGAACAACAUUGUUAUUUUAUUUUUUGUUGGUGAUUGUGAGUGGUUGUUAUAAUUCAGGAUUGGAGUUUUUGACUGAGGAUCUUCUACCAUCACUAUGCCCACUUCUAGCUGACACGUCUUCUAUAAUUCAGGAUAUAUUCAAAUUACGUACCAUAGACAAGUGUGUUGUAGAAGUUAUAGAAGACAAUCCUACAACUUCUGAGCUACUCUCGGAAUGCAUUCGAUGUGGUCGUGAAAUUUCCCGGCAGAAUACACAACGAGGCAACCAGCUAGUGCGCAGCGGGAUCACUCUUGACGUAUACCCUCCAGGACUGAUGCACUUCUAUCCUGCAUCACGUCCUGCUGAGCUAAAAAAGGCUUCAGAAGCAUCACAGGAGCUUCUAGCGGCUACUAAGCUGAUGCAGAUGAGAUUAUCGAGUUCAGGAGCAACUCCCAACACCUUCCUCUCAUUCCUCGAACACCAAGUGAUAAGGAUCCACGAGGGUUCCUCCUGCAGGCCGGUCCACGUCACAUGUCACAACACGAAGUACCGCAGCAUCGACGGCACGUGUAAUAAUCUGCGGCGGGCGGCGUGGGGCCGCAGCGGAGCUCCAUUUACAAGGCUGGCCACACCACGGUAUGCGGAUGGAAUAUAUGCCAUGCCGUUAGCAAAGAGUGGUCACCCUCUCCCAAAUCCACGCGUGCUGUCUACGCGUAUGUUCUCAGACCAGCAGAUUUCCAGCCGUGUCUUCAAUUACAUGAACAUGCAAUGGGGCCAGUUCGUCACCCACGACCUGAUGCUACAGGUUAUGGAAUCUACAGAUGAAGGAGGCAUCCAGUGCUGUCUCGGUGAAGGGAUUGAUAUUCUUCAGCCAGAGUGGCAGAAUGUGAAUUGUAUACCGAUAUCCGUUCCUGAGGAUGACCCGUUCCACCGUUACCAUGGGAUAAAAUGUCUUAAUCUAGUCAGAAGUGUUACUACCCCUAGAGAUGAUUGUAGUUUAGGGUACGCAGAACAGAUGAACACAGUGACGAGUUAUUUAGACGGCUCGCCUAUUUAUGGGCCGGAGAAGAAGCUAGCCUCCCGCCUGAGAACCAAGGCGGGUGGCAGGUUACGACAGGAAACUAGGGAGAAGUGCAAGAGAGGAUUCUUGCCUUCCGUGGAUGAUAAAUCUGUGUGUGACCUGAGGAAUACAUCUGAACCUUGUUAUUUGGCAGGUGACGUCAGAAUAAACCAAACUCCGACUCUAGCACUCCUCCAGACACUCCUUUUGCGGGAGCACAACAGAGUAGCCGAUAUUUUGGCAUCCCUGAACCCUCUAUGGUCAGAUGAGAAGCUGUACCAGGAGACACGGAAGAUUGUUAUCGCUGAAAUACAGCAUAUAACUUAUCAGGAGUGGUUGCCUCUCAAUUUUGGUGAGAAUUAUUAUCAAAAUUAUAGAGAUGUCACUGUGUUUACUUUUUGGAGGUACUACAUUAAAAUUGUGUGA